UGGUGGGGCGGCGGGGUCGGAGCCGCUCGGCGCGCCUAGUGCCGGGUCCGGCGGGAGGCCGAGCGCCCGUGGCGGUCGUGCCGCCGUGCCGAGAGGCGCCGCGCGGCCUAGGCCCGGGCCUGCUGCCGCUGCUGGCAGGUGAGGGGCGCGGGCCCGCGGGCUGGGCGGGCCGGGCUGGCCGGGCCGGGCGCGGUGACCUCAGCGCCCCUUCCCGCAGCGCUCGCCUGGUCCUCGAGGCCCGCCCCGGCGGAGCAGGAGCGGGAGCGGCAGGGCGCGGGCGGGGCCGCGGCCGGGGACGCCGAGGCCGAGAUCAUCCAGCUGCUGAAGCGAGCCAAGGUGAGGGCCUGCAGUGACGGUGACACCGGUGGACGGAGGCCCGGAGUCUCCAGUGCAGGUGGAGGAGGCGCCGGGGGCAGCGGAGUUAGCCAGCGUUGGGGUUGUGCAUCAUGAAAGAUGAGCCAGCAGAGGCAGAGCUAAUUCUGCAUGAUGCUCUUCGUCUUGCCUAUAGGAGUGAUAACAAGAAGGCCAUCACUUACACUUACGAUUUGAUGGCCAACUUAGCAUUUAUACGGGGUCAGCUUGAAAAUGCGGAAAAACUUUUUAAAGCAACAAUGAGUCACCUGCUUGGAGGGGGCAUGCAACAGGAAGACAAUGCGAUAAUAGAAAUCUCUCUAAAGCUGGCCACUAUUUAUGCUGCUCAGAAUAGGCAGGAAUUGGCUCUUGCUGGUUAUGAAUUCUGCAUUUCAACUCUAGAGGAAAAAAUUGAAAGAGAAAAGGAAUUAUCAGAAGACACCUUGUCAGUGGAAGAGAAAGCCAACACCCACCUCCUCUUGGGCAUGUGCCUAGACAGCUAUGCCCGCUACCUUCUGUUCUCCAAGCAGCCAUCACAGGCACAAAGGAUGUAUGAAAAAGCUUUGCAGAUUUCUGAAGAAAUACUAGGAGAAAGACACCCACAGACCAUCGUGCUGCUGAGCGACCUGGCCGCCAGCCUGGAUGCGCAGGGCCGCUCGGACGAGGCCUGUGUUCACGCGCAGCGGGCCUCAGACCUGGCGAGGCAGGGGGAGCACCCCGAGCUCCACGUGCUGCUCCGUAACCUGGCUGCGGUGCUGAUGCACGGAGAGCGAUACGCACAAGCAGAAGAGGUCUACCAGGAAGCGCUGAAGCGAGCAAAGCUGAAGAGAGAUGAGGUCUCUGUGCAGCACAUCAGGGAGGAGCUGGCCGAGCUGUCACGGAAAAGCAGACCUGUGUCGUAACCUUCCCAAGCUCUAGACCCCUCUUUCUUUGUUGUGGGGAAUUUACAGUAACAAACACCUCUCAUUCCUGUCCCAGUGGCACCCUAAUCAAUGGCUUAAAUCCUUUGUCCUUGAUACUCAAGUCCCCUCCACUGAGCCUUGCUGGGGGACAAGCUGUACACGCUGUGUACACUGCUGCGUUUGCUUUGCGAAGAAAACUUGCCCCCCCACCUGACUGAUUUUGCUUCUGCGGACGGGUGUCGGUUAAUGCUUUCCGUUGCAGCAGACGGCUGGCUGGUGAGGUGCUGUCCAUGUUGGUCCGAGAAUAACUCUAGGUUGAGAGGGGCCAGUUUCCCUCUGGGGUGGGGUCUGCUAUUUCAGCCGGGCAUCUCUGCCAUAAGAUUUUUGUCCACUGAUUGAUUUGCUGCCUUCUCUUAUCAAUACCUGGCAGACCAGAGCUACCGGUCUCAUGGGAAAGGGGGAUGACGGUGAGUUAUUUUCUCUUAUAAUCUAUCUAUCUCCUAAAGCCCAGUGUGGGAUUUAAUGCGUAAAAAAGUAGUAUCUUGGCUUGCCAGCAGCAUGAAGUUUUAAAGUGGGAAUUAGGCACUUGAAAGUAUAGCGCCCAUUUGAUUAUAAAUAAAAGCGAACUGUAUGUUUUUGUAUGUACCAUCUGGUUAUAUACAACUGUGAAAAAAGGAGGGCAAGGAGUGACGACCCCCUGCAUCCCUGCUCUCUGAGCAUUCACCCCUCUGCAGCCGGUCACGGGUGUCCCCAGGCCCUCUGACCGUGGGGCCCUGUAGGUGUAGCGCUGAAAGCCUCCCAGUCGUUGUGGCGUGUCCCACUGCUGCUGUAGAGGAAGGAACCAGUGCCCUGGACCCGAGCUCAGGCUUUUGGAGUUUGGGUCUCAGUAUCCUCGUCUGUAGUGACAGUCUCUCUUAGGCCUGGGAGCAUGCAUUUGGCGGAUGACCUUACCUGGAUAGGCCGCUGUGUUGAGAGCUUUAUCACACUGCCUCAGAGUAUGUAAAGUACACAACACAGGGGGCAUCGAUGGUGUUUUCAUCCCAGCAGUUUUGCGGUUCUUCUAGGUACCACGAAGGAACCCUGUUGUUGCUGGUAUGCCGGUGGCGGUGCCGGUGGCGGUGGCGGGGAGGGGUGAGG